CAAACGACAAAAACCUUUCACAAUCCACCAACUUUCAACUCUAUCGUCUCUCUCUCUCUUUCUCCUCUCUCUCCUCUCCCUUCAAAAACACUCGAGCACACACCGAGCAGUUGUCUGUGUCUUCUCCAUCUUCUGUGACUACCAAUGCUGCACAUGCAGAGAGCGUUUUAACGAGGUUCAAGAGGUCAUGGGCGCCAAGUAUUCGAAAAAGUCGAUUUCAGGUCGUUACUCAUCUUAUGCAUCAAGUUCAAACUCAUGGAGCCAAAAUGCAUAUCCUCAGUCAUCAUAUUCUCAGCCGACUCACAGCUAUCCACCUCAAUAUCCAACCUAUGGUGGUCCACCCCCUGAGUCUAAGAGAAAACUGGAGAGGAAAUACUCGAGAAUCGAUGACAACUACCACACAUUGGAUCAGGUCACUGAUGCCCUUGCUCGUGCUGGUCUGGAAUCCUCAAAUUUAAUUGUUGGUAUUGAUUUCACCAAGAGCAAUGAGUGGACAGGUGCUAGGUCAUUUCACCGGAAAAGUUUGCAUCACAUUGGAGAUGAGCAAAAUCCGUAUGAACAAGCCAUAUCAAUUAUUGGAAGAACUUUAUCCAAAUUUGAUGAAGAUAAUUUAAUUCCUUGUUUUGGAUUCGGAGAUGCUUCGACGCAUGACCAAGAAGUCUUCAGUUUUUUCCCUGAUGAGAGAUUUUGCGAUGGUUUUGAAGAAGUAUUGACACGAUAUAGAGAAUUAGUUCCUCAAUUGCGACUUGCAGGCCCAACAUCAUUUGCUCCUAUAAUUGAAAUGGCUGUUACUAUCGUUGAACAAAGUGGUGGCCAGUACCAUGUUUUGCUGAUUAUAGCUGAUGGACAGGUCACAAGAAGUGUUGACACUGGUCGUGGUGAGUUAAGUCCACAAGAGAAGAGAACAGUGGAUGCAAUUGUCAAGGCAAGUGAGUAUCCAUUGUCAAUUAUAUUAGUGGGAGUUGGAGAUGGACCAUGGGAUAUGAUGAGGGAAUUUGAUGAUAAUAUUCCGUCUCGAGCAUUCGACAAUUUCCAGUUUGUAAACUUCACAGAAAUUAUGUCAAAAAACAUGGAUCGCUCCAGGAAAGAAGCUGAGUUUGCGCUUUCAGCUUUAAUGGAGAUACCUUCUCAAUACAAAGCAACACUUGAGCUAAAUAUUCUUGGUGCUUCUAGAGGAAAGGCUGUCGACAGGGUUCCUCUUCCUCCUCCACUCUACGGUGCAACUUCUUCUGCCACAUCAAAGCCUACCCGUUCUCGCAGUUUCGCUCCAAGUGCACCUUCUUCUGGCGGACAUGAUCCAGCUCCUCGUACCAGUGAGCCCAGAAGCCAUGCUUCUGAAAACCAUCUUUGCCCCAUCUGCAUUUCGGAACCAAAGGAUAUGGCAUUUGGCUGUGGGCACCAGACAUGCUGUGAAUGUGGACAAGACCUGUUGUCAUGCCCAAUCUGCCGAAUGCCAAUCGAGACGAGGAUAAAGCUCUAUUAGAUGAUUACACAUAAAGGGUCCUUCAGAAUCUCCUAAAAAGAGCGGUCUCUUUGUAAAAUUCUGCUAUAGCUUUGCUUGCAAUUCCGCCCUUGCAUUUGUACCUAUGCAGCAUCAAACGUAUUAGUACCAGAUUGUCUCCAGCUUCUUUGUACAUAUGGUUUAAACAUCCUAUUACAACAAUUAUAGAUAAGAAUGUCCUUUUCGUUCAAUUAAUUCUUAAUACAAUGGAGUUUAGAAUC